AGAGCUGCUCGAGCAAAGCUACGCCAGGUUCACCCCUACCAGGUUCGAUUGCCGACCACGGCACGCGCGCCAUGACCUCCCACCCGCUGCUGCUCGCCGCGGCCUGCCUGGCGGCGGCCGCUCUCGCCGCCAGCGCCGACAGCUGCCGAGCCGAGGAGCCGAUCGAGGACGCCGCGCUCCUGCAGAGCAGCGCCGCCGCGCGCUCCAGAGGCGAACACAACGAUGACGUACUCUCAACAGCUACCAAGGUCCAGGAAUUGCUCGACAAGGUCAUCGAGAAGGAAAUGGCAUUAGAGGGCGGCAACCCCGCAGCGCCGGCCACGGACGGCCCGCAGAGCGGCAACGCCACUGCCGCGGCGACGGACGAGGCCGUACCGGCUCUCCACCAGAGCUUCGCGGAGUUCGUCGCCAUGACUUUGUUCGUCAUCGUGGGCUGCGGCAGCGCGUGCGGCAUUGCGAACAAGGAGGGCUCCGCGUGGGUCCUCCAGGUAGCGCUGACCUUUGGCUUCGCCAUCACGGUGCUCGCCUACUCCAUCGGCGCCUACAGCGGCGGGCAGAUCAACUGCGCCGUGACCUUCGGGCUGGUCCUGGCCGGGCAGUUGAGCGUGACCCAGGGCCUCCUCAACCUCGCGGCCCAGCUGGCCGGCUCGGUUGUCGGAGCGCUCGUACUGAGGGCCGUGUACGCAAACCACGCGAAGGACGACCAGACCGGGGGCCUCGGUUGCAACGGCGUCGGCGAGGGCUUCUCCAAGGGCAGCGCGCUGCUGGGUGAGAUCGUGGGCACAUUCGUCUUGAUGUACGUGGUCUUGGAGACCGCGGUGAACCCAAUGUCGGUGGCAAACCGAACAGGAUUGUCGCGCCCUUGGCCAUCGGGCUCGCGGUGUUCCUCGCCCACUCGGUGCUGAUACCAAUCGACGGGUGCUCGAUCAACCCCACAAGGUCGUUCGGCCCCGCUCUCGUCGCGUCGCUGACCGUGUCGGGCAAGGGGGACGCCCUCAAGGACGACAUGUGGAUCUUCUGGCUUGGGCCUCUUCUUGGCGCUGCACUUGCCGUCCCUGCGUACUCCAUGAUGGCGCCAUGAGCCCGGGAUCCGCUUGCAUGGGACAGGCGCUGCUGUCAUUGCUCGCGGCAUUGCCUUGGUUGACCCAGGCCAGCGCUGACUAAGAUCCCUCUCGCUUCGCGGGCCGGGGCUCCUUAUGACUGCAUGCAGCGAUAGCGUCUCUACCGCGGGCUGGUACCGCUGCGCGCAGCUCACGCAGGUCGGACUGAGCGGCAGAAAGUAUGCAUCCUGGGAGGUUCCUGCCUCCUCCCUUGCCCUCCCCGUCGGCUUUCCCUCCCACUCUCCUGCCCUUAUAAUCUCACUCCCCUCGUAGCUCUGGUUGCCCCCCAUUUAACGGUGGAUGCCGUCGAGGCCCUCUAUGCAGUCGUGGAGGACGUCGAGGCAUGGUCUCUUGGAGUCCUCGUGACCCGUUCUUGGAGUGCGCGGAGCAUGAAAAGGUCCAAGA